AUGGACGAUAUACAAAUAUCGCCAGAGAGCCCCCCGCCUUCCAACGCAGAGGAACCAAUAAUACACAAGGAGGUUCCCAACCUGCUUGAACACGACUCCUUUCGCCCGAAUGGACCAUUCGAUGGACUUGUAGCCGCCCAUUUCCCCAAAGACGACAAGUUCGUAACGUCCAUAAACAGCAACUGGGUACCUUUCCUCGAGUUCAAGAUCCACGACACGUUCGUUCGUGAAGACGGUUCUUACGGCGCAGACGAUUUCACCAACACACCUCAGUUUCUCUCCCCAAAAUAUGUCCAUCGCGCAUGUAUUCCGACCAAGCCGACCGAACACACCGACCCUUACUUUCCGUAUCGCAGCCUAUGGGGGCCACUACCUCGUAAUCUUCUCGACCCUCGGAGUGACGAGCGCACUCCCGGUAUCUCUGAAGCGAUGGUCCAAAUCACCGAAGACCACCUCGGCCUCCUUCAAAUCGCAGCGGAGGUCAUGAGAUUCUUGUCGAAUGACACCAAGACCUACAUAAACAAACAUUGCACGCAGGACCUUCCCACUCUCACAUACACGAUAGAACCUCUCCUCGACAAACUUAAUGACUGCCUCGUACGUCUUACCACGCUCGCCGCCACGGAAUGCACGACACUCUACCGUUACACCGAAUUCAGACGCGCCUGGCUGGAGCUUGCGGGCCAAUACAACUGGUACCACGGUUUCCGAGAACGUGUGCACAACCGCGAACUACCGCUGGAUCCAACCGUCCAGCGAGUCAUGGGUGCCUUUGUGGGCGAGGACCCAGCAAUCAUCGAUAGACUCCGCCGAGCCGGCAUACCCAUAUGGUGUAUUCAAAGUUACGGUUCCUUCAGUAACCAAAAAAUUCAGGAACUCGUCAAUCCUAUCAUACCUGUCGUCGCCACGAUCGCCGAAUGCCAACCCCCGAUAAUCAUCUUCAAGGGUGAUUACUUGCAGAAUGAAGACCGUAUGAAAGCGAUCCGGAACGAAUACUACAAGCGUAGCGCUACUCCGGACAUGUACGAACAGCCAAAGCCACCGUCUCGCUUCCCUGUGUCUUACCAGCAGUCGACUCAGAUACUCCCCAGGAUGAAACCGUCCUUACCAUCUAAUCGCCCGUCAAAUCUCGACCGAAACGAAUUCGUGGAGCCCGACAGUCCGAUCGCGCCGCCUGCUAUCCCAGUGUGGCGUAACAGCUUCAAGGAUUUGGAUCAUCUCAUGCCACACACCAAAACCUCGGCGACUUGGCAGGCCGAUAGACGAUAUGUUGUGCCAAAACCGCAAUUGUUCUACAGGAUCUCUCAGGAGAAACAAUAUCGCUGGUUACGGAUAUGGGCUGCUAUUGCUGACGCGUGGAUCGACGCAAUUGCGAAUGGACUCCACAACGGUCGUAUGCUGAGCAGUCAAGAAUGGCGGGACCUCCUGAGCUACGACGGUCGAACGUCCACUGAUUUCGUACGAACACGAACCGAAGACAGUCUCAAUGCCGUCCUACACGAACUCGAAAUCCGCCUUCGAUUGACACGCCGGCCCGAACCAAAUUGGAAAGGCAUCGCUCAGGCCGUCAAAACAGAGGAGAGUAGAGGGAAGUUGGUUCCGGAGAAGGUUCGAUGGAUUCUAUGGAAGUUAUGCGAAAUCAACUUCAAAUACGAACUCUUAUCCAUCGAUCGUCGCCUCUGUCAACCAGCCAUUCGACCACGAGAUAUGACGGACGAAGAGUGGAUGUCGAAUCGAGAGUCGAAAGUGUUGCGGUGCUUCUAUGGAUCAACCCUCGGACGAGUACACAUAUUCACGGCGGACCCUCGCUUCGCUCGUAAAGGCCUAGCAAGCCCGGAGUGGAAAGAAUGUCGUCCGUUCGUUCGAGCAUUUUGGUCUUUAAUGAAGGAUUGGGAUAUCGAGAAACCGGCGGCGUUGGACAUCCAGGCGUACAUGUAG